AUGUCCAACUUCAAGGUGUACGUCGCCGACUGCGAUGUAGACGACUAAUAAGUAUACAUCAAUGCUAACGGACCUUCUUCAUGCGUGUGAACACAGCGCCGAUAUGUCAGUGACUUCCUCCAGCCAGCCACUCUUGGAGUAUUGGGGGGCCGCACUCGCUGCACCACGCCACGCAACGCUGCCACGUCUACGUCCACGUUCGUGGACAAUCACGCGGAGCUGACCUCGUAUACUACCUUUCUGCAAUUGUUUGCAGCUCGCUUGCCGCCUGGGGCCGCAAGGAAAUGGGUUCGUCACAAUUUUCCGAAUAGAUCGCUGUGUUCGACAGUCUCCUGCAGCGGCUCUAGGGACUGACCACGCGAAGUGCCUAAACUACUUUCCACUCUUCAUCACCGCUCCCCAUUUCCGUACUUUGAUCCGUUUUUAAACCCGCAGUCAUCGCGGAGCACGAGAUGUAAGCAUCUUCCCGGAAUGUCAGAAUUUUGCUCGUUAGCGAGACGUAGUCUGUCAGUCUGCUUCUGGUCGCUGACCUGGAUGAUCUCCUCGUGCCUUCUCCGUCAUCAGGCCCGGUCUCAUGUACCUCCGUGAGAAGGUGAGUUUCGUUUUUCAUUACUUGUCCGGCAAUUGCGCCUCUAGGCCUGACUUGUCGACGUAAUCUUGCCUUUGUCACCAGUACGGCCCCUCGCAACCCCUCAAGGGCGCUCGCAUCGCCGGUUGCUUGCACAUGACCAUUCAAACGGCCAUCCUCAUCGAGACCCUCACCGCCCUCGGUGCCCAGGUCACCUGGUCAUCGUGCAACAUCUUCUCGACGCAAGACCAGGCCGCCGCUGCGUAAGAAAUUGUAUCUUGCGAGGCAUCCCCACGUCCCCAGCUCGAAUCUGACCCCCUGUUUGGCUCGCGUCUGCUCCCUUCGCUCACGCAGCAUCGCCGCGACCGGCGUCCCCGUCUUUGCCUGGAAGGGCGAAACCGAGGAGGAGUACCAAUGGUGCAUGGAGCAGACUAUCAAGGGCUUCCCCAACGGCGAGGCCCUCAACAUGAUCCUCGACGAUGGAGGAGAUCUCACCGCUCUCGUCCACGAGAAGUACCCCGAUGUCAUCAAGGGCUGCUUCGGUGUCUCCGAGGAGACCACCACCGGUGUCCACCACCUCUACAAGCUCUUCAAGAACGGAGGCCUGAAGGUCCCCGCCAUUAAUGUCAACGACGCCGUCACCAAGUCCAAGUUCGACAACUUGUACGGCUGCCGCGAGUCGCUCGUCGACGGCAUCAAGCGUGCCACCGACGUCAUGCUUGCCGGUAAGGUCGCCAUCGUCGCCGGUUACGGUGACGUUGGCAAGGGUUGCGCCGAGUCCCUCCGCUCGUACGGCUCGCGUGUCAUCAUCACCGAGAUCGAUCCCAUCAACGCCCUCCAAGCCGCGAUGGCCGGCUUCGAGGUCACGACCAUGGAGGAGGCUGCCCCCCAGGGCAAUAUUUUCGUCACGACCACCGGCUGCCGAGACAUCAUCCGUGACGAGCACUUCAACGUUAUGCCCGAGGAUGCCAUCGUCUGCAAGUGAGUCAUACACUUUGAGUAUUAUGGUGAUCCUUGUGUUUGCACACUCACUGACCGCCAUCAACACACUUGAACUUGACAGCAUCGGUGAGAUUGCGCUACGCUUCCGCGCGCCUCCGCGUGAUCCUAUACUUGCGCACACUUGCUAAUCAUCUCCUUUGUUGUUUCAUGGAGGCCAUUUCGAUUGUGGUAAGCUACCCCCCCUGCGUCAUGCAUUAUUUCGCGUGUAUUUGAGGCUGAUGAAGCGUUGUCAUUGCUCCCACAGAGAUCGACGUCGCCUGGCUCAAGAAGAACGCCACUGAGGAGUCCAACGUCAAGCCCCAGGUGGACCGCUACACGAUGCCCUCGGGUCGUCACAUUAUCCUUCUCGCCCAGGGCCGUCUCGUGAACUUGGGCUGCGCCACCGGUCACCCUUCGUGGGUCAUGUCGUGCUCUUUCACCAACCAGGUCCUCGCGCAGAUCGCUCUCUGGACCGCGAAGGGCAAGUACCCCGUCGGCGUCCACAUUUUGCCCAAGGCUCUCGACGAAGAGGUCGCUCGCGCUCACUUGGAGUCGCUCAACGUCAAGUUGACGGUCAUGACGAAGACGCAAUCUGACUACCUCGGCCUCCCCGUCGACGGCCCCUACAAGCCCGACCACUAUCGCUACUAA